GAUGUUAACAGUGGGGGAGCUUAACGCCUCCAACCAACUUCACCUCGUCUUCUCCGCCCUUUCUUCCACCUUAUUUCUCUGUCUCUGCACCAUACGCACCAAUACACACACACAAACAAUCCCAAAGCAGCCAUGGCUUCACCUCUUCUCUCUAGGGUUUCCAUCUCCAACGCCACCGCUGGUAACACCAUUUCCUUCUCAUCUUCAGUCUCCAAUGGCCUUUUGUGGCGGCGAUCCAUUGCAUUUCCCGAUAAAUCUCGCCGGAAGGUCUCUACUGUUCAAGCCAAGAUCAGGGAAAUUUUCAUGCCCGCUCUUAGCUCCACCAUGACCGAGGGCAAGAUCGUGUCCUGGAUCAAAUCCGAAGGCGACGUCCUCUCCAAAGGUGAGAGCGUCGUCGUUGUUGAGUCCGAUAAGGCCGACAUGGAUGUCGAGACCUUCUACGAUGGAAUUCUCGCGGCAAUUGUUGUUGGCGAUGGAGAAGUUGCUCCGGUCGGUGCUCCGAUCGGGCUUUUGGCGGAAACCGAAGAGGAAAUCGCGGAAGCCAAAGCUAAAGCUUCAAAAUCUGGUUCUUCCGCGCCUCCUCCUCCUCCAGCUCCGGCUGCCGCUUCGGCUUCACCGGCUGCUCCAGCUGUUGCCCCGCCUAAGUCGGCUGCUUCGGCGCCGGUACCUGAUGGACCGAAGAAGAUUGUUGCGACGCCUUUUGCGAAGAAGCUUGCGAAGCAGCAUAAGGUGGAUAUUGGUUCGGUGGUUGGGACGGGACCAUUCGGGCGGAUAACGCCGGCGGAUGUGGAGGCAGCCGCCGGAAUUUCACCUUCCAAGAGCACUGGCGUCAAUGUGGUUUCACCCGUUGCUGCUGCCCCUGCUCCGGUGGCUGCUGCCGCACCAAAAGCGGCUGCUUCUCCGGCUCCUCCUCCCAUUCCGGGGUCGACGGUUGUUCCUUUCACUACUAUGCAAGCUGCAGUGUCGAAAAAUAUGGUGGAAAGCCUUUCUGUUCCCACUUUUCGCGUGGGGUAUCCAGUGUUAACUGAUAAGCUGGAUGCUCUAUAUGAGAAGGUGAAACCAAAGGGCGUAACCAUGACUGCUUUGUUAGCAAAGGCAGCAGCUAUGGCACUUGCUCAGCACCCAGUUGUUAAUGCAAGCUGUAAAGAUGGGAAGAGUUUUACAUAUAACAGCAGUAUAAACAUUGCGGUAGCAGUGGCAAUCAAUGGUGGGUUGAUAACCCCUGUUCUUCAGGAUGCUGAUAAGUUGGAUCUCUAUCUGUUAUCUCAAAAGUGGAAAGAGCUUGUAGAGAAAGCUAGGGCAAAACAACUUCAGCCCCAUGAGUACAAUUCAGGGACCUUCACUCUGUCCAAUUUGGGCAUGUUUGGUGUAGACAGGUUUGAUGCUAUUCUGCCUCCUGGUCAGGGGGCUAUCAUGGCCGUUGGAGCUUCAAAGCCUACUGUUGUCACUGAUAAAGAUGGAUUCUUCAGUGUUAAAAGUAAAAUGCUGGUGAAUGUUACAGCUGAUCACCGAAUUAUCUAUGGUGCUGACUUGGCAGCCUUCCUUCAGACCUUUGCAAAGAUCGUUGAGAACCCAGAAAGCCUGACAUUGUAGAUGAUGAUUCAGGUUUGGGCGGAAAUUAGUUGAUAUUGAGCUUCUAUUCUUUUGGGGAUGACAACUGUAGGAGAACAGAGUGAGGCCAAGGAACUUGGUUUUGCAUCUGCAACCUUAGUAAUCCCUUGAGAUGCUAUUCUUAUGUCGUAUUUCUCUUUUGUUUUGCGUAAGUGUUUCAGUACUUCACACUGUUGAGCGUUUUUUGAAACACGGAAAUAACUACCUGAAAGUUGUUGAUUGAAAGUGAUUAACGUGUUAGGUAGUGGACCUUGUAAGGCAUUUUGAUAAAUUCAUUUCCUCUGUGUUCUCGGAUUAGGCACUGAGUUUGAUCCAA